UCCCUUUGAGGUUUUCUGCUUGGUUCCUCCUUUGAGGUUUAUUUUUUGACUCAGCCUUACUGGCAUACAUGUACAACCUCAGCUCAUUGUGUGGGGGAUGGAUCCAGAAUUCACACCAUGAGCCGUAAUUCUGAACUACAAACUGAGGAGCCUGGUGCCUCCCGCAGAUCAUGGCCGUCGGGUGAGCGACUUUGCUUUCCGCAGCGGAUUUAGAAUAUUUCCUUUCCUUUAGAGUCCUGUAAGAGAUUUGGAAUAAAUGCUGGUGAGGGGGAGUGGGGCAGAGCAGGGGGCUGCACUGGGGGAGCUGUGUACGGUCCUGUCCUACCCUGGAGCAACAGUUUGUUCUGCCAUGGGGGUGCUGGUGCAGGUGGUUUGGUGGGAUUUCCAGAGACUCUUUGGGGGCACGUGCAGCCCUUCUUCCCCAUCCCCUCUCUGGUGGCUGGAACCCCCCAUCGCCCUCCCUCUGCCUCCCUUCCCCUCCCUCUGCUCCAGCUCCGGACGCAGAUGUGGCUCCCCGCGAGCCCCAGGGGCCUCCUGAGUUAUUUGGUGACUCUCCACGUCCUGCGGCUGGGAUCAGCUGACUUCAGAGUGGUGGGACCAGACCAUUCUCUCCAGGUCACCGUGGGGCAGGACGUCGUGCUGCCAUGUCACUUGUCCCCCAGCAUGGACACUCAGAGCUUGGACAUCAGAUGGAUCCGCCACCAGGCCUCUGAAACGGUGCACCACUACCGAAACGGAGAGGAUCUGUACAGUGAACAGCUGAGGGAAUAUGUUGGGAGGACAGAGUUGGUCAGAGAUGGUCUCUCCAGUGGACGCCUGGACUUGCGAAUCUCUGGGUUGAGACCCUCUGACGAUGGUCAGUACGUCUGCACGGUGACAGAUGGUGCCUCUUAUGGAGAAGCUACGGUGGAUGUGGAGGUGGCAGCCACAGGCUCUGUUCCUCAGCUCUCCCUCGAGGCUUAUGAGGACGGAGGCAUCCGGGUGGUGUGUCGAUCGGCCGGCUGGUACCCACAACCGGAGGUGCUGUGGAGAGAUCCUGAUGGGCACCGUCUCCCCUCAGUGUCCCAGAGACAUUCCUCUGAUGCGAGGGGCCUGUUUGACAUUGAAGGCGUCAUCGUUGUGUCCAAUGGGAAGAGACGUGGGAAAUGGUCCUGCGUGGUCAGGAACAGCCGCCUCAACCAGGAGCAGGAGACGUCCCUGCACAUCUCAGGUGCAACGAUGGCAGCCAGGCACUGUGGCGCCGGCAGCAGGGCUGGGGCACUCUGUGCUCCGCCCUUUCCCUCCUUUCCCGUCCUCUCCAUCCCUGCAGCCCCUGCCUCUGGGAAAGCCCAAGGCGAUGUGCCUGACAGGGUGGGCAGCUCGGGGACACCAGCCCAGGCCUGGACCCUCGCCCCUGCCCAGACUUGCUGGGGACCGGCUGGGGGAUGUGACCAGCUCUUGUCUCUCCUUGUAGCCUGGAGAAAGUUUCUGCUUCCCCACAAUCCAGACGUGGUGACCCUCGAUCCAAACUCGGCUCAUCCUGAACUUGUCCUGUCAGCGGAUGGGAGAAGUGUGAGAAGGGGAAGAGCACGGCAGGACCUGCCCGACACCCCUGAGAGAUUUGACACUCGGUGCUGUGUGCUGGGCCAGGAGGGGUUCAGGGAGGGGAGGCACUGCUGGGAGGUGGAGGUGAAGGGGAAGGUGGGAGGUGAUUCCUGGUGGGCUGUGGGGGUGGCCAGGGACUCUGUGGACAGGAAGGGGGAUACGGACCUGAGCCCUGCAGGAGGGAUCUGGGGACUGGGGCACUGGGAAGGGCACUUUGUGUCUCUCACCUCUCCUCCCCGUUCCCUGGGCCGGGUCCCCAGGAGAUUCUGGGUCUGUCUGGACUGCACGCAGGGGCUGGUGACUUUCAUCGAUGCUGACAGUGGGGUCGAGAUCUUCACUUUCCCACCAGCCCUGUUCAAUGGAGAGAUCAUCCGACCCUGGUUUUGGGUGGAGACAGAGGAAACCCAGCUGUGCCUGAGGGACUGCACCUCCUAGACCCUCUGCCCCCCUUCCAUCCCCACCACAGCCCCAGACAGCCCCUGCCCUUCUGCAGACACUGCCCGCUCUCCUCUCCUCCAUCCCGCAGCAGCACAUGUCCCUCUCUGCCCUGCCCAA